AUGUAUCUUAUCUAUUCCGUUAUUCUUCCGUCUUCCUUUCCUUUCUUUAUUCCUUCCUUCUCUUUCAUUCAUCUUCUUCCAUUUCUUCUCUUUCCUUUCCUCAUCAUCAUAAUUCUUUUUCCUUUCACAAAUCUCUUCUUUCUUUCUUUCUUUCUUUCUUUCUUUCUUUCUUUCUUUUGUUCGUUCGUUCGUUCUUUCGUUCUUCCUUUCUUUCUCCUGUUCUUCUCUUUCCUUCAAUCAUCAUUCCUUCAGUUUGUCUCUCUCUCUCUCUCUCUUUCUUUCUUUCUUUCUUUAUUUAUUUAUUUUUCUUUCUUUCUUUCUUAUUUAUUUAUGCAUUCAUUCCUUUUCCCUCAUUCGUUUUCUUCUUCCACUUCAUCCCUUUUCUUCCCUUAUUCUCAUAAUUCUUCUUCUUCUUCUUCUUCAUCCCUCUCCUUCUCUAAUCCUCAUUCCUUAACCCCGUCUCUCUUUCUUUCAUUCAUUAUAUAUUUCUUUUUUUUCUUCUUCCCUCUCCUUCCCUCAUCCACAUUCCUUAAUCGCGUCUUUCUUUCUUUCUUUUUCUUUAUUUCUUUCUUUUUUCUUAAUUAUUUAUUCAUUCAUUCAUUCAUUCUCCCUCAUUCAUCUUCUUACACUUCAUCCUUUUCCUUUCCUCAUCCUCAUAAUUCUUCUUCUUCUUCUUCUUCUUCUUCUUCUUCUUCUUCUUCUUCUUCUUCUUCUUCCGAAUGUCUUACUUACAUUAUUACUUACUUCUCCUUCAUGUGUCUUCUUUCACUUCAUCCUUCUCCUUUCCUCAACCUCUAA